CGGAUAUGGGAAUUGGUCGUGAAACGGCCGCUUCCUUCACCAUUUAAUUCAGGGCUCUUCAGUCGCCGUGGCUGCCCGCCCCGCCCCGGGCAGUGACCGUCCUGGAGGACGCCCCCCGCGCAGCCGGGCUCGGUCCGGUGCGGCGCUGAGCAAAGAUGACGGCAAUCAAACACGCACUACAGAGAGACAUCUUUACACCGAACGAUGAGCGCCUGCUGAGCAUCGUGAACGUCUGCAAAGCAGGAAAAAAGAAAAAGAACUGCUUUUUGUGUGCAACAGUGACAACUGAACGCCCCGUGCAGGUGAAGGUGGUCAAAGUGAAGAAAUCUGACAAAGGAGAUUUUUACAAACGGCAGAUCGCCUGGGCCCUUCGAGACCUCGCCAUCGUGGAUGCCAAAGAUGCUAUUAAAGAGAACCCUGAAUUUGACUUGCAUUUUGAAAAAGUCUAUAAGUGGGUGGCCAGCAGCACGGCUGAGAAGAAUGCAUUCAUUUCAUGCAUCUGGAAAUUGAAUCAGCGUUAUCUCCGGAAGAAAAUAGAGUUUGUCCAUGUUAGCUCACAGCUCUUAGAAGAACUGCCUAAAGUUACAGAAGGCAUGUGUCAGGCCAACAUCCAGUCAAUCAUGGCCUCUGAAAAGCAGGUGAACAUCCUAAUGAAGUUGCUGGACGAGGCGCUAAAGGAGGUGGAUCAGAUUGAAUUGAAACUGAGCAGUUACGAGGAAAUGCUCCAAAGUGUAAAAGAGCAGAUGGACCAGAUCUCUGAAAGCAACCAUCUGAUCCAUCUCAGUAACACCAAUAAUGUAAAGCUCCUCUCCGAGAUAGAGUUCCUUGUGAACCACAUGGACCUGGCCAAAGGUCACAUAAAGGCCCUGCAGGAGGGAGAUCUAGCUUCUUCCAGAGGCAUCGAGGCAUGCACCAACAAUUACAUGGAUUAUUUAUCACGACUGUAUGAGCGAGAAAUCAAAGAUUUUUUUGAAGUUGCAAAGAUCAAGAUGACAGGGACAACCAAAGAAAGCAAGAAGUUUGCUACACUGCCUCGAAAAGAGAGUGCUGUCAAACAGGAAGCAGAGAGUCUUCAUGGAAGCUCUGGGAAACUAACUGGAUCUACUUCUAGUCUGAAUAAGCUCAGUGUUCAGAGCUCAGGGAACCGCAGAUCUCAGUCAUCUUCCUUGUUGGAUAUGGGAAACAUGUCCGCCUCCGAUCUCGAUGUCGCCGACAGAACCAAAUUUGAUAAGAUAUUUGAACAGGUGCUAAGUGAACUGGAGCCCCUGUGUCUGGCGGAACAAGACUUUAUAAGUAAAUUUUUCAAACUACAGCAACACCAAAGUAUGCCUGGAACUAUGAGUGAAGCCGAAGAUCUGGAUGGAGGAGCAUUUUCUCGGCAGCAUAACUCUGGCAUGCCUCUGCCUGUCUCGUCCGAGAAAGAUAUGAUCCGCCAAAUGAUGAUUAAAAUAUUCCGCUGCAUUGAGCCAGAACUGAACAACCUGAUCGCCUUAGGAGACAAAAUCGAUAGCUUCAACUCCCUUUACAUGCUCGUCAAAAUGAGCCAUCACGUUUGGACUGCGCAGAACGUGGACCCCGCGUCCUUCCUGAGUACGACCUUGGGGAAUGUUCUGGUGACCGUCAAAAGGAACUUUGACAAGUGCAUUAGUAACCAAAUAAGGCAAAUGGAGGAAGUAAAGAUCUCAAAGAAGAGUAAAGUAGGAAUUCUUCCAUUUGUUGCCGAAUUUGAAGAAUUUGCAGGACUAGCAGAAUCAAUCUUUAAAAAUGCUGAGCGCCGUGGAGACCUGGAUAAAGCGUACACCAAACUCAUCCGAGGGGUCUUUGUGAAUGUGGAGAAAGUAGCCAACGAAAGCCAGAAGACCCCUAGAGAUGUUGUUAUGAUGGAGAACUUUCACCAUAUUUUUGCAACUCUCUCUCGUUUGAAAAUCUCAUGUCUAGAAGCUGAAAAAAAAGAAGCUAAGCAAAAAUACACAGAUCACCUUCAGUCUUACGUCAUUUACUCUUUAGGACAGCCACUUGAAAAACUAAAUCACUUCUUUGAAGGUGUUGAAGCGCGCGUGGCACAAGGUAUACGAGAGGAGGAAGUGAGCUACCAGCUGGCGUUUAACAAGCAGGAGCUGCGGAAGGUGAUCAAAGAGUACCCGGGAAAGGAAGUGAAGAAAGGCCUGGAUAACCUCUACAAGAAGGUCGAUAAGCAUUUGUGUGAAGAGGAGAACUUACUUCAGGUGGUGUGGCACUCCAUGCAAGACGAAUUUAUUCGCCAGUAUAAGCACUUCGAAGGCUUGAUAGCGCGCUGUUAUCCUGGGUCUGGUGUUACAAUGGAAUUCACAAUUCAGGACAUUUUGGAUUAUUGCUCCAGUAUUGCACAGUCCCACUGAACCUCAUGAAAGAAGACACAGUAAAGUAAAGCACCCUAAGCACACCAGAUGCACCAGAUGCCACUCAACAAUAUGAAGCUGCCAUUUUCAGAACCCAGUCUGAGACUUGUAUGUAUUAAAUGUCAAGUUAACAGGUAACACCGUUACAAAAGAAAUUAAAUACAAAAGUACAAACCUGUGUGGAAAUUUAA